GGUUUGGGGGGAGGGGGGCAAUUGCUUGCAUCCUUUGUGUGUUCUAGUCAUUCAAAGGAUCUGCAUGAAAAUAAUGUGUAUGUGCCUGAUACAUUGUGGACAUAGUGCAUGGUUUUAGAUAAUUAUCAUGUGAUAAAAUCCGAAACAAGUUGACAGAUUAUUGUGACACAUAAUGAUAAGACGUCAUCAACGUCAUUGUAACACAUAAUGAAAAGACGUCAUUAACGUCAAUUGAAAUCUUUUGAAUUUUAGUUUUAGUUCUGUGUUGUAAUUCUCGACCAUGUACUUGCUCGAUUCUUUAUCAGCAAAACAAAAGCCUGAAAAUUGUUAUUUGUUUCUCUAAUCAAACCUCAGUAAUACAGCUACAAAAUCAAAUAGUGGAACUUUAUAAUUUCAUUGUGGACAAACUGGUUUGGUUGUUAAUUGUGUUUCGCGGCAUCUCCUGCAAUGUCGCAACACAGCGCGGGAAUAAAAGAAGCGGAAGUGGCGGGAACUUUGUUUCUGUUUGCUGAUCCGGACGAGGUUAAAAGUAGACGCAAAAACUGGAGAGAAAUUUUGAGGAGAAAAUGUUGUUUUAUACGAAACUAUUUCCACAAGGAAGAUCCUGAAGAUAAGAGGAAAAGUCUGGUCAAGAAAAAUGGCUCCUACAGGGUGUACAUGGCGGGUCUCAACCAGCAUAAACGUCGGUAUCUGGCAGACCUUUACGUGACGUUGAUAGACUUGGAGUGGCGCUACGCCAUGGCCGUGGUCUUCAACGUGUUCCUGGUCAGCUUCCUUCUCUUCGCCGUCUUCUGGUGGCUGAUGGCCUACAACAACGGUGACUUCGACAACCUCAACAAUCCUAAUCACGACUUCUGCCUCCUGGGCGUGACGUCAUUUGCGGGGGCCAUCUUGUUUUCCCUGGAGACACAGACCACCAUUGGUUAUGGAAUGGCCUACCCCAACGCAAGUUGCGCGGCCACCUUGCCUCUAAUGUAUCUGCAGGUUGUUUUGGGUUUCUUUGUGGAGACAUUUAUGUUAGGUCUAAUUUUUGUGAAAAUUGCUCGCCCCAAGUAUCGAGCCAACACGAUUCUCUUCUCUAAGAAAGCUAUCAUCAACCUAGAGAAUGGACAGUUGGUGUUACAGAUUCGACUCGGUGAUUUGAGAAAGUCACACCUUGUAGACGCCAGCAUCACGGGAAUGAUCAUCCGCAGGCACUCAACCCCCGAGGGCGCCUACUACCCUCUGUACCAGUUCAACUGUGACUUUACGGCCAACGGGAUGGGGGACAAGGUGUUUCUGCUCUGGCCGGUCAUACUAACCCAUAUAAUAGAUAAGGAAAGUCCUCUUUACGAUAUUCGUCCACCUGACCUGAGCUCUGAGAAGUUUGAGCUAAUACUUUACCUAACAGGAACCGUAGAGUCUACAGGUGAAACCUGCCAGGCACGUACUUCUUAUAUCCCCAAAGAAGUGUUAUGGGGUCACAGAUUUGAAAGGAUUGAAGAAUACGACAUUGGACACAGUCGUUGGCACAUUGACUUUGCUGGUUUCGAUGACGUCGUGUACUGCCAGAACAUUCGUCACAGUGCCAAAGAACUAGACGCCAUCAAAGAAUCCGGUACGGACCACAGGGGCAGCGACCUCAGCCUGGCAGAGGGCGCCACCUCGCUAACGGCACUUCGCUACGACCUGACGUCCAAAUCGACGAUGUACGAUCACGUGACAGUACCACGCUCUCCUAGGAAAGAAAGACCGUACUGAGUGAAGUGAUAGAAGUAGGACAGACUACAAAAUGUUAGGUCUACGUGACCAACCCAGACCAGUCUUUAUAGAAGAACUGAACGUCGCUACCUGUGGGCUGUUUAGACCAAUAGCUCGUUACCACGUCGUACAGACUUGUGACGUGGCAAGGAGCUAUUUAAUCUAAACCGCCCACAGGUGGUGACGUUGCUGGUCAGUGUGAAGGCCUUUUAUCACGAAUUGUUUCGGACCAACACGGCACUUACUUUAUAGUCCUAGAUUAUUUUGUAUCAUUAGUCUUGUCGGCAGGUACAGCAUUAUAAUAAGUUAAUAAUCACUGACCUAUAUAAUACAUCUGUUACGUUUUUAUUGCUGUGUAUGUGUGUUUGUGUGUGUGACAGAGAAAAAUUUGCAAGUUUUUAAUGUAUUAUAAAUAUAUGCACAUAUUUUCGUCGUGUUGAUGAGAAUGACCUAUUAUUAAAUAAGUGUUAGAGGACCUAAUCCUGCAUAACUAUUGCUUGCAUUUUCUUCACUAUUUCUUGAAUAAUUUUGUCAAUUGAGUUUGAGAAA